AUGAAGAAAUCUAUUCAAAGUUUUUUAAAUAAACCAGAUGUUAUGGAUUUAUUGAUUAGAAAUAUAAAUGAAACAAUAUCAACAACGAAAAAAGAUAAAGAUUUAUUGUUGACGUAUAGAGAUGGUAAAGCUGCUGCUACAAAUCAAUCACUUCAGAAAAAUAUUAAUUCAUUUUUAAUACAAUUAUAUUCUGAUGAAGUUGGUAUCACUAACCCUCUUGGACCAAAAAAGGAUGAAAAAAAAUUACUACUAUUUUAUUAUCUUCUUGAUGAUUUAUGUCCAAUUGUUCGAUCAUUAUUAUAUUCUAUCAAUUUACUUGGUAUUUGUUUAUCUAAAUUGUUAACUAAUUCAUUACAGCAAAAAGGUUUAACAGUAUUUACAUUUACUGGACGUUUGUAUUUUGCAUUUGAUUUAAUUGCUGCUGACAAUUUAGCGGUUCAUGAUCUUGGAGGAUUCCAGAAGAACUUCAAUCAUGGCCAUUUCUGUAGAAUGUGUUAUGUUUCUUAUGAAUAUAAAUCUAUUCCAUUGACUAAUAUUUCUUUUUUACUGCGUACUGAGAUAUCACAUGAAAUUCAUUUAAAACAAGUAUUAAAAUCAAAUAUACAUAUUUGUGGUAUAAAUGAUACAAGUGAUUUGUCAAAUUUAAUUGCAUUUCAUCCUGUAAAGUCUUUGCCUUUUGAUAUCAUGCAUGAUUACUCAGAAGGAGUAUGUAUGAUUAUGAUCAAUUCUAUAUUAAAAGCAUUUUCUGUACGCCGUAUUCUUGCUUAUGCACAAAUAGAAUCAAGAUUAGAAGAUUUUAAAUAUAGACAAAAUGAUGAAUCCAACAAACCACCAGUAACUAAACAAAAACAUCUGACCAACAAUCACAUUGGUGGAUCAGCUUCACAAAAACGUUUGUUAUUUCAGUUGUUACACGUUAUAUUCAAUGAUGUCAUCGAUCGUUUAACUGAUAUAUUGCCUAUAUAUAUUUGUCUUCGUGAGAUUGUUUCAAUUGUAUUUGCAACCAAAAUAAGAAAACCAUGGCUUGCUUAUUUAAAAACCUUAACCAUAACUUUUCAUUCACUUAUGAUUGAAAGAUUACCAGAUUAUGUUACUGCUAAAGUACAUUUUAUUACUCAUUAUUCGGAAUUAAUCAAAAGAAAUGGACCACCACGUAACUAUUGGUGCCAACGAUUCCAAGGCAAACAUUUAUAUUUUAAAAGACUUGCAACACGUUCAUGUAGUUUUAAAAAUGUUCCUUUCACUUUGGCAAAGAGACAUCAACUACGACUUGCUUUAUUAUUAUCCUAUGACAACUUCCACAACUUAAUCGAUAAACCCGUAUCAACUAAAAUUAUCAACCCAUCACAAUUACCAGUUGAGAUAAGACUUCUAUUAGUACAACAUCAAUAUGAUUUAUUAACAUAUAUUGAAUCUCAAACAUUAAUUCAUAAACAUGUUAAAUAUAUAAAAAAAACUCUGUUUUUAUUAUAG